CAACCCAACAGUGAAGGUGAGGUGUUGUGUGAAGAUGACGUGGAAAGAGUAGACGAGGAUUUGGAGGAGGAGGAGGCAACCGUCGACUUAGCAAUGCACGGGAAAAUUCUAUUAGAUCUCAACACGCCUCUCCAAGACACUCAACGCCUCUACUCACAACUCCAACAGACUCUUCUCCAAUCGAGCAGCUCCGCUGAGAAGCCAAAUGCAGAAAGAGAGGAACAGAUCCUCUGCAAGUUUCAACAAGUCAUUGUCACUGGGUAUGUGGACGAUGACUUGACAGUCACCUCCUCCCUUCCACCAGGUGAAAGUACGCAGUGUUCUCGCCUCUGA